GAAUAUUAUCUUCCAAACAAGUUUAAAUGAAAACAAAUAAGCCUCACCAACUUUUACAAUGCGUAGUAACUUUUUAGAAGAUUCAUUACCGUUAAACUCAGUAUUUAUGUUUCUCUGAAAUAGUCUUAUAAAAAAAAUAAUUAAUAUGAACAUUUUGAUGAGAUUGAAUUGCUUUUUAUUUAUUUAUAUUCACUCUGUUACUUUGUUGAUUUGAACUCUUUGUUCUGUGAUCGUGCAAAAAAUGUCUUUUGAAAUUAAAUAUAUGUCUGUGGAACAAUAUUUAAGAAAAGUAUCCGGGCAAGAAAAAGAAACCCUAAUAAUUGAUCAUAAUUAUGUUAAACCAUGGAAUGCUCAUCCAGAUUCUCAUCGUACUAAGCCUGCUCGUUUGAUUUUCAUGAAAGGACUUCAAAGAUAUCCCCAUCCUUCUUAUAACAUAAAUGAAAAUGAAGAAAUUGACAUAGAAACUUGUGAUGAGCCAGUUACUUCACCAUUUGAUAACAUGAGUACAAGAAAAGUUAUUGAUGAAUUAGAAAGGAAUUUGCUGUUUUCUGCUCAUUUUUCUGACGUUGAACGUAAACCAGAAGAAUUAGACUUGGAUAGCUGUGAUCCUCAUCAAAAGAAACUGUAUCAGCAAGUUAUUAGCAUUGUGAAUUCAGAUAGACUAGCUAAACUAACAUUUAGAGGAACAGUAGAUGAACCACUAAAACGAAGGAUUGCUACGGAUAAAACAUCAAGACAAUUGAGACAGAUGUUUGGAAUGGUAUUUUGGAAUAUUGAACUUUUGUCAUGGCUUCAUAAAAAACUACUCAGCUCUGAUGUUUCCAUAAUGAUAUCUUAUGUGGAAAUUCUACAAACAUUAAGAGCAAAAGUUCCUUUAUUAGUGGAUAGAAUUCUUCAAGCUUGUACUGGAUUUGCUGCAAAUGAUACUGUUAUUCAAUAUUUGAAAAAACCAUGGGAUCCAGUUCUUCCUGUUUUGAGUCAACACAAACCAAAAAAACUACCUGGAAAUGCCAUUAUCUUAAUUUGCCCAAGUUCACCUAAUCAGCAAACCAUUAAUUCUCGUUCUCCAAGGUUAAGGUUUUGGCAUAGUAACCUUAGUUCAAUGUGUAAAGUAAUGAAUAUCCCUGUGACUUUAGAUGAAGAAGUACCUGGUACACUUGAGGAUUGCUUGGAUCAAAUUAUGUCUUCUGUUAAAAAUAAAGUUACUGAGUUAAAGAAUCACUAUCCUAACAGACCUUUGAUACUCUUGGGGUGGACUAUAGGAGGAUUGAUUGCAUGUCAUAUUGCUCUUCAAGCUCCAGUUGAUGCUGUUAUCUCUUUAGGUUUUCCAUUAACUGGAGUUAAUGGUUCUCGUGGGGAUUUGAAUGAUCCUCUCCUGGAUAAUCAAGUACCAACACUUUUUAUUGUUGGACAGUGUGCAAGCAUGUGUUCUACUGAUGACAUUGAAGAUUUUAGAUCACGAAUGAAAGCAGAGACUGGUUUAGUUGUUGUAGGAGGUGCUGAUGAUAUGCUUAGAAUGUGCCCUGCAAAGUUAAAACAGGAGUGUGUGACUCAAACAAUGGUUGAUCGUUGCAUAUUGGAUGAAGUUAGUGAAUUUUUGAUGUCCAUUGUUGUGAAAAUGCCUUCGACUUCAGCUAUUACCUCUACUAAAGCUUGCACACCCAUUAUGGAAGAAGAACCUGAUGAGAUUGAUGUUGAAUGGAAACCUGAAGAUGAAGGUAAAAGGAAAAGAAGGAAACCCAGAGAGUAUUCUCCUGAACUAUCUCCUGUUCGGAAGCGACCCAGGCAUCAUGUUUCAAAACAGGCACCCACUUCUCAAAAAACUAGAAAUUCGCCCUCAAGCUCUGACACAUCAAGUUCUGCUUCAGCUCAUGAAAAAUCAUCUCGUUCAUCCAAAAAAUUAAAAAAAUUAAAAGAAAAGAGACCAAGAAGACAAUCAGUAAGCAAUUGGCGUAAAAGGCAAGUAUCUAAACCUCUUCGACAAACUCCAAAAACUCCACAACCUUCAAAAGAAAGCUUCUUCAGCCAAAGUAUAAACUUUAUUGAGGAAGAAGAACCUGCACCUAAAUCAGCCCCAAAAGAAGUACCUUUUUCUAAAAAUAUUUUGCCAAAAAAGAAUGAUCCUGUUGAUGUAGAAAAAGCCUUUGGGAGAGAUAGCAGCUUCUUGCCUCGUCCUCUAACGCCACCCGAGCCAGAGGACACAGUUUCAGCUGAAGAAACUGAAGAAGCAUUGGCAGAAUUAGAAGCUAAAGCCAAAGAGCCCCAAUCCCAUUCAGAAAGUAUGGUUACUUUUCCCACAAAUGUUUCUGACACGCCUGUAGCUGCCAAAGAAAUAACUUUUUCUACAGUCUUAGACCAGCCUAUAAUGAAUUCUAUUGCUGAGAGUAUAAAAAGUAACUCUAUCGGUCUGGUGCCGUCACCUACCCCAGAAAAUACAACUUCAGAGACAACUUCUUCACCUGCGCCUAUGAUACAAGCAGUAUUUCCACAAAGCAAAUUUUUUUCUUCUACACCUUUAAGUGUCUUAAAAAACUCUGGCGGUAUAAGCUUGUUAGCAAGUAAUCAGGCAACGUCUCCAACUUCUUCUAAAUCAACAAUUAUUACGGUGCCCUCCGCUAGUGCCGCCACCCUUUUAGUUUCAAAUUCUGCUUUCCAAAAUGCUCAGCCUGCUAAAAUGAUUCAGCUCGUUAAAGGCUCAUUCCUAAAUAAAAUUAAAAAAACUGAGCCCAACAGUGGUGAAUCAACAGAGCAGCCAUCUUGUAACCUUUCACUUUUAUCAGAUGUUGCCGGCAUGAGCGAACAACUAUCAAACCAGAAAGAACCACACUCUACGCCCUCAGCUACACUCGUUAAGUUAACUGCUCCUGAGCGUACUCAGUUGCAGGCAAUGAAACUGAAAGUUGUGAAAGCUGUUAACAAUCCACCUCUUCCUGUGCGUGUUGAGACUGCUGAAGAAAUGAUGGAAAAGCAAUUAGCUAUACAGGCACUCAAUAAAAGCAUUGGUGUUGAAACUCCUAGUGCAUCAAAGGAAUCUGGUUACUCCAUCUGCUACACUAAAGCUGAUGGAACUGUUGUGUCUCAUACUAUAACCAGACCUACUACACCGUCAACUGUAACUAGGCCCAGCAUAUCAAGUCUUGCUCAAGGAAGAGGCCGAGCGCGUGCUCCAUUUCGCCCUGGCAAUCCUUUUAGAUUUUUUGAGUAGUUUAAAUUUGCAUAUUAAGUUCAUUCUAAAAUUUUACGAUUAUUCUUACUUCUCGUGUUUUUAUGCAGAGAAGCUGUGUUAAAUAUUUUUUGUGAAAGAAAUUAUUACCAAAAAAAAAAUAAUAAUUCAGAUAUAAUAUAUAUAAUUAGUUUAUAAAAGUAGUACAAAUAAAUAAAUCCUUCCUCCCAACUACUCCUUCUGUAAAUGUUACUUGGCCUGGUGAAAAAAUGUUUCUUUGUUAGUUUUUAAUUUUUAUUCUUUAUUAUUUUACAAUGUGUUCUUUAUGAAUGUAUUAAAAUGAUAGUAUAAAAAUCACAAAUUGGGUUUGCUAUAUUAGCAUGUCAUGGUACAAAACAAAGCAAUUGUUAGCUUUGAUUUUGAGUUAUUUAUUAAGCUUUAAAAACUUUUAAUUUUCUUUAAAAGGAAGUAUAUUUUAUUAUUUUUCCCUUCAAUUAUGUAAACUAAUAGCAUAAAAAUAAAUUUAAAGAUUAAAAAUGUUACACAUUUUGUAAAUUUGAUUUUUUUCUCAAACGUUUUCUUAAUUUGAAUUUUGAAAUGGAAAAAAAAAAAAACUGGACUUGAUUUAAGUCUGAAAAUCCAGUACUUCUUUUUUUUUCCAAUGUGCUAUUGUUAUUUUGAGUAGUUUAGAGAAAUUUAUUAAGCUUUAAAUUUGUUUGAAAGAGGAAAAAAAGUUGAAUAUUUGCCUUUUAUGUGCAACCUGUCCAGUCAUGUAAGAAUUUAAUGAAAAGGCUAAAAAUAUUAAUUUGGUUGAUUUCUUCUCAAAUACCACUUUAGUUUAUAUUUUGAAAAUUCCAGUUGUAAAAUUAUGGCAUGAUUUUUAUGGUAUUAAGUGAUUAAUUUUUAUGGCCAACUGUUAGAUUUUUUUUUUCUUGACAAAUUUUUUUCCCUUCUAUAUUCAAAAUCUUAUCUUUCAUUUUGCUAAGUUAGAUAAAUUGUGUCCUCGUUAAUUGACAUGGUUUAUGAAAUAGGCUAUAUUAUUUGAAAAUGGUAAUACUGUGGCAUUUGAACAAUUAUAUCUUUUGUGUUAAGUUGUUUUUUUAAUACAUGCUAAUGCCUGUCCUGCUUUGAGAUAAAAACCAGCUACACCCAAGGUUAGAUAAAUUUAUUUACUGAAAAUCCUUAUUUAUGUAACAUUUAAAAAAAAGUUUUGGUAAUUCAUUUAUAUGUUUUUUUUAACAUAGAUUCUGUAUCAUCUUUUAAUGCUUAAAAAUAAUAGUAAUAUAUUAUUUUUGAAUUUUAUGUAUAUCCUGCUAAACUUAGCAUUCAAACUGGGGCAUGAAUGGUAUUAUUUUGACAUUUUCAUUGUCAUAAUUGUGUACUAAUAAUGAUUUAUUAUUUUUAAGCAAUUACAAUUGGUUUUACUAAUAGCAAUCGUGGAGGAAUUGGAUAGUAUUAAAAGAUUUCAAACCUUACUUUUCUCAAAACUUUAAAUUUCUCUAGCCCCUCCUGAUACAUCUCUUAAAAAAAGUUAAAUAGAUCAUCAUUAUUUUGCUCACUCCCAUGUAAUAAAAUGCAAAUAUGUUACUAUGUAUUUUACUCAUGUUACUAUGUAUUAUUUUAGUAUAGAAACAAGCUAGAUCUUUAUUUUGCUGACAACAUAAUGUGUGAUAAAAAUGUAAAUUUUGUAUAAAUAUAAAUAUUAUUGGUAUUAUAGGAACAAGAAAGAUUAUCAUAAUUUUGCUGACAAACGCAAACGCAAAUUUUGGAAAUAGUAUGUAUAAUAUAUUAUAGAAAUAAGAUGAAUAAUUUUUUGAAAUUAUUUAAAGUACUUGCAUACUAGUACUAAGAUAUUGAAAUUCAAAUGUAAUUUUUUUAAAAUUUGAUUUUGGGCAAAAAUUUUUAAAUGCAUUUAUAUUUUCAAUAAUGUACUGCUGGUCAAGUUCCAAUAUAGUUGUGAGUAGUAAAAAACAAAACUCUGUUUUUUACUAUUGUGUAAAAUGUGUUAUUAUUAUGAGGUUAUAGAAAGUUUUGAUUAAAAAUAUUGAAAUACAGUUAGUUGCAAAAGUUAGAAUUUAUCUGCUUUGUUCAGAGAAGUUUCUAAUGCAUUUUACCAGAAAGAUUUUUAUUUCAAAAUCGUUUUGAUAUUACUAAAAUUUAUUAGUCAUCAGGAAUGCUGUUUUAUUUUGAUGUUAAUUUUGUGUAUGUUAAUUUUGUUUGCAAAAUAAUUUUAAAAAUUGAUACCUUCUUGGAUAAUAAAAUAGAACCUCGAUCGAUCAAAUGUAAUUUAUUUCUUGAGGAGGAUUUUAAUCCAAAAAAAAAAACAGUUUUAGUUAACAUAAUUUUUUUUUUUCAUUAUUUAAUUCUUAACAAAAAUUUUAUUUCCUUAUUGGAAAAAAAAAAUAGAAGAUAGCCUAAGUUCUGUGACAGUGGAGCUGAUUCUGAGUCAUUAAAAUAGUUGAAAAAGUUUAAUUCAUUUUAAAUUAAGAGAUUGGAGAUUUUUAUUAUUGAAAUAAAAAUUCAAAUUAAAUAUGUAAUGGGUGAUAAUGAAUCUGUUUAGUUCAUUUAAUGCAGACCCCUCAAGCCAGAUACAGUGUGAAUAGUCUCUAAGUUUCUAAAUGAUUUAUUUUAAAUAUUUAAAUAAGAAUCUUUUAAAAAAAAAUAAUAAGGAUUAUCAAAUGUCAUGUCUAUGAAACUUUUUUACAUGUUUAUGAAUAAUAUGAUUAUAUUUAAUAUUAUUUAGCAUGAUUUAUUUCAAUGUACUUCUACUUACCUUUUUACUUCAUAGCUAAUUUUUUAGCUUCAUAGUUAAAAUAGAAGAUAUAUUGACUUGUUUCUCCCUGCUUGUGUUGCUCUUUUCUCAGCAUGACUACAUGGGAGUGAUGAAAACUUUAAUAGAGCAAAACAGUAUUGUAAAAUUAAACCAUUGAAAAAAUUUGCCAUUAAUUAGAAAUUGAAUCAUAAAAUUAACCUAUAGAAGGAAAUUUUUAAAAAAAAUGCCAUUGUGAACUUGGAAGCAAAAAUGUCUUUAAUUUUUCCUUCCAUGAUUGUGCUUUUUCUACCUCGACUCUCACAUUCAGAAAAGUAGUGGUGUCGACUUUUCUUACAUUUCAGCUAUGAAGCGAAAAAAAUUUUUUUAAAUUAUACUUUCCGCUUCAGUUUUCUUGGGAUAUUUCUUUCAUAAGAUAUCAACUGUUUAAAAAAUCUGCUUAAAACCAAUGUUUACAACCAAAAUGAAUUAGGUAAUGUUACAAUAAAAGUAAUUUGGAGCUCUCUUCAUUGACUUGAAGUUUCAAAACUCACCCAUUUAUGAUGUUACUUUUUUUUAAUUUUUUAGAAUAAAUAUUUAUAAAAUAAUUUAGAACUUGCCUUAAAAGCUUAGAUAUAUGGACAACUUUAAGCCUCAUAUAUGUUUGAUAUGAUUAUGCUUAGUUACAGACUGAAGACAAAGUAAACCAUGUACCUUAAAAGUUAAGUGAUUGUACAGAAUUUCUAAAAUGAAUCAGUUCAAAUAUAAUGAAUUCGUGUUCUUCUUAUUAAAUAAGUUUUUUAAAUUGAAUUUUGUAAAAUCCAAUAAAAUGUUUAAAUGCUCAUUAGCUUAUAUUCUUUAUCCUUUUUUCUGUACAUUGUAAUGUGAUUACUAACCAUAUGAACCAUAUUUGUUUGUCACUUGUAAAUAAAGUUUGCUUUUAAAGCA